UGAGCAGUUUGCACAUCUCUGUAGAUGAGCUGAAGACAACGCUUCCGGGUUUUUUGUUUCAUUUAAAGAUUCAUUUUUAUAAGACGACUUCUCCUCAAACCUUUUGAACAGCUGCUCUGACAUGGAAACAAGAAACCGGCUCGCUGCUCUGUCUCUCCUUCUCUCCGCAGUGUUUUCCUCCUGUGUCUUUUUGAUAAACCCCAAAGAGAUUGAUCCGCUGCUGUAUGAGGAGCAGCUGCUGUGGGUGAGCGGGGCUCAGGGGGAGGUCAACGCCUUCAGGAUCCCACUGCUCAGCUUCACCCCUAAAGGAAGCCUGCUGGCCUUCACAGAGGGCAGGAAGUCCUCGUCCAGCGAUUAUGGAGCAAAGUUCAUCGCAAUGCGGCGGUCCACAGACAAAGGUUCCACCUGGUCCCCCACCACCUUCAUCGUGGACGACGGCUCAACGCCGGACGGCCUGAACCUGGGCUCGGUGGUGGUGGACGAGGAGGUGGGCUCGGUGAUCCUGGUCUACUCCAUCUGCUUCCACCUGUACCACUGCCACCCGGCCAGCACCAUGAUGGUGGAGAGCAGGGACGACGGCCUCAGCUGGAGCCCGCCCAGAAACCUCUCCGUCCAGCUCGGCGUCAAGAACUUCGCUCCCGGGCCGGGCUUCGGAAUCCAGAAGCACUACCAGCCAGCUAAGGGGAGGUUAGUGGUGUGUGGUCACGGGACGCUGGAGGGAGACGGAGUGUUCUGCAUCCUGAGCGACGACCACGGGAAGAAAUGGUACAACGGUGCCGCGCUGAAAAGUAUUCCUUACAACCAGAAGAAGAAAGCGCAGGACUUCAACCCUGACGAGUGCCAGCCGGUCGAGAUGACAGACGGCAGCAUCGUCAUCAAUGUGCGGAACCAGAACAACUAUCACUGUCAGUGUCGUCUGGUGGUCCGCAGCCUCGAUGGAGGAUUGUCUCUGCCGGUAGAAGAGCUCUACUUCGACUACACGCUGGUGGAUCCCGCUGUAGCGGCCGGAGCUCUGCAGAAAGACGGCGUGCUCUACUUCACCAACCCCGCCAACAAGCAACACAGAGUCAACCUGACUCUCCGCUGGUCUGUGACGGAUGGUAAAACAUGGGAUAAUAAAGCUGUGCAGAUAUGGGCGGGGCCAAGCGGUUACUCUUGCAUCACAUCACUGGACAGCGGUUCUGCAGAGGACCGGAAGUUCAUCUACGUCAUCUACGAGAAGGGACACAAGGACUAUGUUGAGACUGUGUCGUUCGCCAAGAUCCACCUGUUUGGAGGGCGGUAGAGCUCGUGGAUCAUGGGAGGUUUGUCUCCCAGAUUCAGCUGAGUGGAGGGAAAAGGGAAAUGGAAAGAUGCUCACUACUCCCACGACUUUCUCAGGAAGAUAAAAGACUUUUAAUCACUUUAUCACAUUGAACCAGGAAUGUCAAAUAUCAAUGUUUGUGAUCUGAAAAACUCAAAAGUUCUCCUUAAUUAAAUCAUUCUCUUCCCACAGGUGAUUGAGUUGCAAAUAUCAUGUCUGUCUUUUUGCCCUAAUUGGUUAAUAAGAUGUGUUUGUCACGCUCCCUGUUGGUAAGCAAAAAAAAAAAUGGACACCAGUCACUUAACAAGUAAAUCAUUCUUUUGUGUAAAUAUCUGAAGUGUAAACAUCUUUAUAGUGUAAAUCAACAUAUAUUCUGUACAGAAUAAUGAGAAUACUGCAUCGUCUCAAAAUCACAGCCUAAUGUCUUUCAGUGGUUUUCUGGAGGUCUGCAGUGUUUCCCCUACCAUUAUAUUAGGGGGGUGGCCUGGCUCCGCCCCCCUUGAAGGUCAAGUUAAUACAAAUUUUAUUUUAUUUUAUUUUUUAAUUUUUUGCUUUUAAUUUUAAAUUUAUUUUUUUUAAUUUUUAAAUUUUCAGAUUCAUUUUUGGGCUUUUUGUGCCUUUAUUGUAGAGAUAGGAUAGUGGAUAGAGUCUGAAAUCAGGGAGAGAAGUCGUUUAAGGAUACCUUUCCGAUAGAACAGGACAACUGUCAUUAAAAGUAACACAUGAACACCAAGAUUCCUUCAAGUGUUCGUGUCUGCGUCCGUAACUGAAAAGCUAAUUUCUGAAAAUCAAACACUCAAAUAUGAUCUGUACUUGGAAUUAUAACGGGGACUUUUUUGUUGCCUUCAUUAAGAUGUGAAUGUGCCAGGAAUACAUGUUGAUUGUAAGGUCAGCUCCGCCUCUGUAAAUGCAGAACUACUUAUAAUUUAAGAAUUUUUAGAAAUUUAAGAAAUGUGUGUGUGUGUGUGCGCGCGUGUGUGUGUGAUUAAAUGCAAGAGGGGAUAGGGUGAGGAUAUUAUGUGACCAAAGUUUCCUUUCUUUUGAUGUUUUGUAAUCUGAACUCAGCCCAGCAUUGAACAUGAGUAAACAAUGCUUUGAUGAAGGACACUAUUGGAUCUGUGCAACCUGUAGAAUAAUAAAUGAUUUCUAACAUUAA